CUGAUAGUGAAUUCUUCUCUAUAUUGAGCAUGAGUGUUCGAAGAAACAUCCCAGAUCAUAUUAUUCGGAAUGGCUUUGUUCCGCUCAACAAGCAUGACUAUUUUUCACGCCGCCAUAACUGGAGACUGUUGCUGGGUCACUACAGAAGUUUCCUCCCACCACCAAAGGACCACCGUGUGCUCAUUGGUAGUUUCCGACGUCCAUAUAAUUAUCCAAGGGCAUUAAGAUUCCAGGAACCAAUCUUGGAUUUGAUUCUUCGAUCUUCAAAUAACUACAUCAUCCAGGAAAAGAUCAAGAUUCUCAGUAAGCAGUAUGGGCUCUUCAGAAGAACUCGGAGUGAUGGCAGCUGUUUUUACAGAGCUUUACUGUUCUCUUACUUGGAGAACCUUGGACAAAUGCAAGAUAGGCAAGCUGUGGUUAUUCGUCUGAUGGAAUGUGUCGAAGUAUCUAUAAAGAGGAUCUAUCAACUUGAGUGGGGAGAAGCAUACUUCUUAAAUCCCAAGGACAACAUCUUAUCUGUUGUUUAUAAGUUCUAUUGUUUGGUGAACUCAGUUGCAAACGGGUAUGUGUAGUUUUUAACAUGACUGUUUUGUUGAGAUUCUUAGAAAAUGUCUUGAUAAUAUGUUAAAGAUACCCUUAAUUCAUCUUAGUUACAUUUUAGUUUACAACAAAGUUCUUUUAUCUCUUUAGCUUGACUUCUGACAAGCUGUAUGAGAUAAGCCUUGGAGAGA